CCACUCCCCUUUCUUCAAAUUUCAGCAGCCAAAAUCGAGCAUAAUACACAGAACAGAAAUUUUUCGGUAUGUUGAGACUUUUCGUAUUAUAGUCUAAUUAUGUUUUUAGUAGUUAUAGUAUGAUUUAAUUUUCGUAUUAUGUUGUUGUUAGUUAGUUGAACUUAUGUUCGUUAGUUAUAGUAUGAUUUAAUUUUCGUAUUAUGUUGUUGUUAGUUAGUUGAAUUUAUUUUCGUUAGUUAUGGUAUGAUUUAAUAUUAGUUGUACAAUAUGAUUUUGGUUAAUUUUACUGUCUUUAAGCUAAUAGAUACUUAUUGUAAAUUGUAAAUUGUAGAUAUGGGUAAAUUCAAGAAGUCUCAUCUUACUAUUCGGUGGAAUGGAAGGGUGACAAACUCUGACAUAGGCAUUGAUUAUGAGGACGGCGAAUCCAUUAUGCUGAAAAUUGAUUCCCGAUUCAAUUUUCAAGAACUCUGUGAUCUUUGUGCAGAAAGGGUUUGUACGAGCGGACAGACGAGACUUGGCAAAAUUACUUACCGGUAUCCAGACAUGAGUGCUGGCGGGGUCGUGUUCCAAGAAGUUGUCAUAAACGAUGAUGACGUGGUUAUGAUGAUGUUACAGUUCCUAAGCGAUAACCAAGUCCGGCUUGCAGAGGUGUAUGUUGAGACCGAGGCGGUCGGUGAAUCUCAUUCUCACCAGUAUUCUUAUGAUGAUGGUUUUGCAGGAGGGUACGAAUGGGGUGGUAGUUCGAGCAACUACCAAGGCGGUGGUUAUACAGGAGGUUACGGGGAGGGUGGUGGUUCAAUCAACUACGGUGGAUCGAGUAGUGCAGGAUGGGACAAAUACUCGCAACCUCCUAAACCAGCCCCAUUUGUUGAGGCCGAUGGUGUUCAAUGGCCUGCUUGGGGGCAAGAGUGGUAUGGAAUCGAGAAUACCAUGCGAUCAGGGCGUACUUCACAUGAGCGAGAGGACGAUGUUGGUGAUCGUGGUCAUGUUGAUCCUUCUAGCCCGAGCUAUCCAUUCGAGUCGAGCGACGAGGAUACUGAGGAAGAUUUGAUAUCAGUGAGCGAGGAGGAGGAAGAUACUGAUGAUAAUGAGGAUGAGGCGGCAUUUCGUGAGGCACCCACGCCAUAUUACACACAGGUUCCAACUCAAUUUUUACAUAGUCAGAAUGAUCCCCCCGACUUUGUCCCUAUGCCAGUGUACAAUCCGACGGCCAAUUUGGAGGUGGGUAUGGCGUUCACAUCGAAAGACGCUGUGCAGGAUGCUUUUACAGAAGAGGCGUUGAGGCGCAAUUUCGAGUGGAAGGUAAAAUAUUCUGACAGUAAAUAACUACAUGUCAUAUGCAAGCAUGAUGCAGAGGGUUAAGAGACUCGCAUCCCUUGGGCCAUAAUGGAUAUACAAUCGAGGAUCGUAUAUCUCGGCACCCAUCUACAAAAAAGUAAUGAAAUCAGAGAUUGUUUUGAUUAAAAAAAAUCAAAUUGUUUCGAUUAAAAAAAAUCAUAAACCAAAAACCUACACGAAGAGCCUCUUCGUCCAUUAUUGGCGGAAGCCGGACAGAGGUUCGACGGGUUUAGGUUUGUAAGGGACGGGAACUUAGCGGGACGGGGGCUUUAGGGUCAAACUCUAGUAAUUCUUUCUGAUGUGGAAGAUCGGACUUAGCCGCAACCACAGAGCAUACUUAGAACGAGACUAGAGCGGAUAAAUUGAGGGAGAAAGAAGUGAAAUGUUUGUGGUGUGAGUUGAAAGUGAAAGGGGAAGGGUUAUUUAUAGUUGGGGGAAGGGGGGAAGGGAUCUGCCGAGAAUUGAAUUCUCCCAGCCUUCACCGCGUCCGUCAGAAACGGUGAAGGCACCGCGUUUCUUGAACACGGUGAUGAGGCGCGGAUCGAGCGACGUGGCUCAGCGUGAGGCGUCGGAUCUGGAAAGAAAACCACGAUCCGCGCCUCACCGCAUCCUACAGACACGGUGAACGCGCCAGCGACGCGGAUCGCUGACGCAAACAAACACGGGUAUUCACCGUGUUUGUCUAACGCGGUGAAUACCCCGCGUUAGUCCACGUCAGCGCCUUCACCGUGGAAGUCUAAAACGGUGAAGGCUUCACCGUUUUUGUUUAAAACGGUGAGGUAUUCACCGUUCUUAACAAACGCGGUGAACCCUUCACCGUUUUAGUUUUGAAACGGUGAAUACAUCACCGUUUUAGUUUAAAACGGUGAAGUAUUCACCGUUUUGGUCAAAAGCGGUGAUGACCUUCACCGCUUUUGUCUAAAACGGUGAUGCUCAAACAUGUGUACUUUUGGAAUUUUUUUUAUAACUUAUGUAUUUUGGUAAUUUUUUUUAAGAACUAGUGUACUUUGGGAUUUUUUCCGAUUAAUUGUGUCCAAAAAAUAAUCCACAAAUCAUAUUUGUUUUUGUUUUUUUAUUUUUGUAAUUUUUUUAUAUGAAAAAUAAUUAUAAAUUAAUAAUAAAAGUUCCACGUCAGAUGCCACAUAAGCGCUGACUAGACUUUCUGUUAAAAACUAACGGUCAACGCUAGUCAACUCUAACGGAAAAAUAGUUUAGGACACAAAUGUCAUAUCGAAUACUUUAGGACACAAAUGACACAAAGUUAAUAGUUCGGGUUUCCCAGUGGUAUUAGCCCUAAUAAAUAUGUGAUUGAAUA